UAUUCCACAAAAUGUAGCCCCGGGCUUCUUCCGGGUUAGACGACUACUUCCGGUAUUGCAUGGUGUCGUGUCCAGUCGGCUGCUGUCAAGAUGUCGAAAGUUACGUUCAAGAUCACUCUAACAUCGGACCCAAAAUUGCCAUACAAAGUUUUAAGUGUACCAGAAGUAACACCGUUUACGGCAGUGUUGAAGUUUGCUGCAGAAGAGUUCAAGGUUCCUGCCCCCACCAGCGCUAUUAUAACUAAUGACGGAAUAGGAAUCAACCCCGCACAGAGUGCAGGCAAUGUGUUCCUGAAGCAUGGCUCUGAGCUGCGGUUGAUACCCCGGGACCGUGUAGGUCAUCAAUGAGCUGGCAGCUCCACAUAGUCUCAGAAAAUCUCAUUCUCAUAUAUCAUCUCUCACUCAGUGUCCAUGGCAACACAGCAUCCCAAGAUCCAUGGCAACACCCAGCAUCUACAUGGAGGCCUACACAACUGACACCAUCAUCGAUAGCUGCAUAUAUUUACAAUUAUAAGUUGUGACUCAGUGAGCCAGUCUUCUAUAAUCCAUUACUUUGCCAUGUUAAUUUGCUACUUGAUAGAUGGUACUGUUAGAUAUCUGUUUUGGGUUUUGUAAAUAUUGUCAAUGUAACUAAGAUGGACUGAUGGUUGAUGAAGAGGAAUGACGUAGUUGUUAGAGUGAUUGAGCAGUGUAAGUGUUGUUUAACUGCUUUAUCUAGUCACUUCAGCCUAAUUGCAGUCUGGGGCAGUGGGGUAGCCUAGAGGUUCAAGUAU